AUGGGCCUGACUAGAGAAGCAGGUGGACUCAAGCAUGGCUCAGUGAAUAACAUCAACAACUUCUCAGAUCAUACGAAGGAAGAAAAUAGACCGGAGCCAACAAUGAACAACCAUGGUUUUAUAGCACAUUCUGUAGACCUAAGAUCUGACACCUGGGAUACAGCCCUGAUUCCUCAUAGACCUGCUCUUGUUCGAGUCAUUGUAGCUGCAUGCAUAGCCAUCAGCAUUGCUCUGCUGGGUGGGAUCGCUGUCUUCUGUAUAAUGUACCGACUGGUCCAGGCCGAGGAAAGACAACAACUUGCGUUGCUUUAUAAAAAUGUCAAGAUACCAUUAUUAGGAGAUGAAGAAGAGGGCUCCGAGGACGAGGGCCAGGACGAAUCCACUUACCUGCUUCCGGAGAAUGAGAAGGAACUAGAAAAGUUCAUUCACUCAGUUAUUAAAUCAAAAAGGAGGAAAAUUAUUGAAAAGAAGAGGCUGAGUGAAAAGCAAAAGUUAGCAAAGGAAAGGAAAAUACAGAGUGCAACGCACCACGCAAAAAUGGAACAUUUGUGAGAGCAAAUUAAAGAGAUGCAGGACAUGCUAGAUGGUGUGGAGAAAACAAUUACAAGGAUGACAGAUGACUGAGAACUCAAACAUGACUUAUCUUCAGAGAACCUGGCAGAAGAGCAUUGUAAACAAUGAGGUCCAGAAGUUAAUAACAGAAAAUAAAUUUAUAUAGCAAUUCUUGCUUCUUAGCUCUCAU